AGCCAUUUUCGCUCAAGUUUGGCUCAAGCGAUAUCGGCUCAAACUUUGAGCUGAUUCCUUGGCUGACACUACGAAUCGCUGCGCCGCGCUACGCUUCGCAACGCUUCGCUACAAUACUCUACGCUACUCCACGUACCAUGAUGCAUGUGUGUUCGUUCCUUGUACGCGUGCUUCUUGGCAGCGCACUCACAUCUGAUGGCCUGUACGUUCAGCCAUCGAGUCAAGACUCCAGAGCCAGAAGCGGAGACAGGCAUAAUGGGUACGGAGAUACGUUGUUGCGAACGGCUGAAGGUUGCCCCAGUCGGUCAAUACCAUAUAAUGCGUCCACGUGUGUGACAGAUGUAAUGGAUUACGAAUGUUGGUUGCCUCUUCCAGACGUGUACAAUUACUACAUGGCGCACGAAGAUUGGUCACGAGAUCAGAAAGAAUUAUGGAAACACAUCACUAAGCUACAAGAACCUGCAGCGUGCAACAACCAAGAGUGGCACCUCAUAAAGUUCACUGUACAUGGCUUCGCAUACAAUUUGUACAACUUUGUAUUUCUCGCUGCAAGAUAUUUGGACAAUCAUGCGCCAGUAUUGGUUGGCAAUUCCAAGUACCGCUUGACGGAUACCAAGUGUGGACGAGGAUAUCUAUGCACCCUGUCGCCGUUAACACAGUGUCGUAUCGAGAACAUCGAUCCGGCUCUGGUCAAGGUAACAGGAGAAAAUCCAGGGGCAUCGGAUCUAAGCACGAUCUGUUCGCCAGGUGGUAAAUAUGAUGUUGAACUUGGUGGAUGUAAAUGCGACGAGGGUUAUUUUCCAUGCACGGAGGGAUGCAGUCAAUCGCCUGAUAAUGAAGAUAAGGUAUUGUGGCAGGAGUGGUAUACUGCGCAUCCCUUGAAUUACAUGCGAUCAAGAGAUUACUAUUACAGGGCACCCGGGGAAGCCAAUUGGCAGAGCAAUCCAGACAGCGCUGCAAAUGACACACUUGAUGAUUCGUGGGCAGAAAAACGAUCGCUGACAUGGUGGCAUGCGCAGCACCUCUGGUAUUUCCACAAAGAUUCACCUGAAACCAAAGAAAUGAAUGACUGGCUUGCAACCAAACAUAUGUCACCCUCGUGCGUCGCCGUGCAUGUCCGGCACAACGAUGCGUGCGAGGCUGAUGAUAACCCAUGGAAGCGUUGCUUCAAAUUCGAAGACUAUUCGACUCAAUUGGACGUCAUGGAUAGAUUGUACGGUCCAUUCGAACACGUCUACUUGGCCACGGAUGAUCAUGCUGUAAUUGAGGACGCCCAGCAGAGUCGAUGGUCUUCACGCCUCAUCCGCCAAGGGUAUGAUCGUGCCAAGUAUCGUGGCAACGUUGACAACUCGGACAUAUUCGAAAACGAUUCGGCCACAAGAGCAAUCAAGCGUGAUACAUUCGCCAUGUCAAAGUGUAAAGCAUUCAUCGGGACAAUGUCAAGUUCCAUCGCCUGGGUUACAUAUGAGCUGAUGAUGGCAAGGCAUGGGCAUUACGUACCUUUCAUCCCGUUGCAAGGGGCCUUCAAUGACAAAAUUAUCGGCGGAAGAUCAUUUCGCCCGUAGUCGUAGUCGUAGCAGUAGUAGUAGUAGUAGUAGUAGUCGUCGUCGUCGUCGUCGUCGUCGUCGUCGUCGUCGUCGU